ACGACACCGUUCUGUUUAAAAGGCCUACGACAGAACAAAAAUGGAGGAUACAAAAUUAAUCUUUUCAAAAAAAGAAAUCUUAGCGGCAAAGCUAUCAGACGCGCCUUGCGUCGACCAGCCACAGCUCUUCUACUGAUUCUAGAGGUCUAUUCGCUGGCUUUUUGUUCAAUUUUCUCGUUCUUGUUUGGUUCCUAAGAAAAUAUUGGAUUUUCCCCUUGGAAUCAAGAACCAAACUAAAGCUUUGUCGAUUCUUCACAUUUCUUAAACCCUAACAGCUUUGCUUCUAGCAUGAAAGGGAAGCCAACGACAACUUCUAGUUCACUGAAGGAAUAUCUAAAAGGAUACGAGAGAAAAAACGAAGAAGAGGAACUGAAGAAGAAAAGGAAGAAGAAGAAGAAGAAGAAAACCCAAGUAGAGUCCUCAGGUGUUUUAGUUGUUGAUGAAGACCCUGUCUGGCAAAAAUCUGUUAAUCUCGAAGAAGACGGUGAUGCCAAUGAUUCGCCCGAUGAGAAGCUGCUAGUGGAUGGGGAUAUAGAAGCAAAACGAAUGAAAAGGCUGGAGAAAAUUAGGCUGAGGAGGGGAUACAAUGCUAUGGCUGAGGAUGGUAGUGGCUGGGUUUCGCUUUCUCCUAAACAUCUGAAUAUGGUGGAUCCUAAUUAUGAUAUUUCUCCUCCUCGUAGGCAGAGGAAUAGAAAUGACACACCUUCUCCAGAACCUGGGGUGAGGUAUUCAAACUCUGAAAGAGAAGUUGAGGAUUUGUCACCACCAAGAAAACUGCGUUCCCAUGGUUUAAAAUCUUAUUUAUCACCCCCAAGGAGAAGUAGGGCUCAGAAUAACACAGCAUCAACAAGAGAAGAUGCUGAUUUAUCACCUCCUCGUAGGAGGGCAGCUCGGAUUGACUCACCUGAACCUCAAGUUAAGGCAUCGAGAGAAGGUACUGAUUUAUCUCCUCCACGGAAAAGGAGGGUUCGGAAUGACACACCUUCACCAGAACCUGUAGUGAACAGAGCAGACAAUGAUUUGUCACCACCUCGGAAACGGAGGGCUAGAAACGACACACCUUCACCAGAACGCAGGAUGAAGCCUUUGAGAAGAGAUACGGAUCUGUCACCUCCAUGGGAAAGGUUGAGAUGCCACCAUACGCCUGAAUUGCCCCCACCUACACAAUCUCAUCCUCAAACGUUAGAGAUUAUUCAUGAUUCGGAUCUCCCCCUUCCAAGGAUAAAUAGGAGGGAAUCAACUGGUCCUGCUUCUCCGAAGGAGCAGCUUAAAACUGGUUUAAUUUCUUGCAGUGAAAUCUGGGAGGAAAUUUCUAAAACCAAGAAAGAUGAUUGGUUAAGGUUUAAGGAGAUGGAUCCAUCUGUAAGCGGACGAGGUGCAGAACCUGUAUAUCGUGAUAAGACAAAAGGGGAAGGCAUAUCAAAGGAAGAGUACCUGAAGUCAAAACAAAAAGGGGAAGAUAAGCCCAAGUAUAACAUGGAAAAGGAUGACCCGGAGCUCGACAAUAAGUUGAAGGAUAGACUAAGAUGGGGUGACCGUAUGGCACAUUUGGUCAAGAAAAAGCAUUCUGAGCCAGUUCUUAGAGACCUAGGGGAUGCUGAGAAGAUGAAGGAAUCAGGGUUUAUAGUUCCUCAAGACAUUCCUGCACAUAGUUGGAUAGUAAAAGAUGCUGCACCAAAUGGAUACGGUAUAAGACCAGGAAGGCACUGGGAUGCAGUUGAUCGUAGUAAUGGUUUUGAGAAGAAAAUGUUCACAAAAUUAAAUGAGAAACGGGCCACAGAAAGGGAAGCGUGUCUUUGGUCUGUAUCCGACACGUGAUUCAAGACAUCCACCGCAUUCUUUGAGUACUCAACCAAUGCACUGGUUGCCAGCUUCAAAUAUUAUUUUUUUUAUGCCUGGUCUUAAUUUUCAUCUCGUCUUUCAAUGAUCAUAUUAUAGGGUUAUAAUCGAGUCAAGUGGAGUUGAUAUAGUGAAAGCUUGAACUUGAGUUGAAUUUAAAACUCGGCUUGAGUUUAAUCAAGUUUUAAUUU